AUGAGUUCGUCGAGAGCACUGGCUAGUGUGCUUCUAUUAGUUAGCGUGUCUGGAGUGUGCUGUCGAAGCCAAGAAUUCAGAUCAUGCAAGGAACCAUCAGUUACUACUGCAAGUGGAUCAUCCGUUAAAAAAAGUUCUUUCUGUCCUGGAGAGCUGAUUUUCGAAGACAAUUUUGAUCGCCUGAAUCUGGAAAAUUGGCAACAUGAGCACACCCUGCACAGCAGGUUGAAAGUUCCGAGUGCGCAUGGAGAGUUUCAGUAUUAUCUUAACAGCAGAAGAAAUUCUUAUGUCGAAGAUGGAAUCCUCUACCUCCGUCCAACUCUCAUUGCGGAUGAAUUUGGAGAAGAAUUCUUGAAGUCCGGGACCAUAAGUGCUCAUGGUGGAACUCCUUAUGAUUUCUGUACCAACCCUUCCUGGAAUGGAUGUGAAAGAACGGGCACAGCUGAGCAUUAUUUGAACCCUAUAAAAAGUGCCCGCCUAAGAACCGUCAAUUCGUUCAACUUCAAAUACGGUAAACUGGAAAUCCGUGCCAAGCUUCCGGCCGGUGAUUGGCUAUGGCCAGCUCUGUGGUUGUUGCCAAAGCUAAAUCAGUAUGGAACCUGGCCCAUUUCGGGAGAAAUUGAUGUGAUGGAGUCACGUGGAAAUUUAAAUUACAGCACUCCUUCCGGUGUCCAAGUUGGAGUGGAACAGAUUGAAUCUACUUUGCAUUUUGGACCAACCGCUCAAUCUAAUGCUUGGAAAACUUCGACAGCAGCUAAACAUACAGAACGUUACAAUGGGUUCAAUAAAGAUUUUCACCUCUAUCAAUUGGAAUGGACCCCUGAAUAUAUGAGCUUCAGCAUCGAUGGCGAACAGCAUCUAUUCGUAGAUGGAAAUUUCUGGGAGCGAGGAAAUUUCGAAGAAACUGCUCCAGGUGAGGAUAACCCCUGGAAAAGUGGUGGAAAAAUGGCUCCAUUCGAUGAGGAAUUUUAUAUUACCAUGAAUUUAGCGAUUGGAGGCACCAAUGGUUUCUUCCCAGACCCACCAGUUCUCAACAACGGUAAACCAAAGCCAUGGCUUAACUCGUCACCAACACCUGUAAAAGAUUUCUGGGAGGCUAAAGACGAAUGGCUUCCGACAUGGAAGUUAGAUGAAAACAACAGCAAAGAAGCUUCUUUGCAGGUGGACUACGUAAGAGUGUGGGCAUUAUAAUGUUUGUCAAUAUUUUUUUAAAUUUUACUUAAAAUAUUUUUUUAAAUUUUUGAA